AUGACGGGACCUUUGGGCUCCACGGCCCUCAACAGCUCGAGCGGCGCUACGCCCCGAAAGGUUGCCUACUUUUACGAUGAUGACAUCGGCUACUACGCCUAUCCCGUGGGCCACCCCAUGAAGCCUCAUCGAAUCCGACUAGCUCACAACCUCAUUAUGCACUAUAAUCUCUACAGACAGAUGGAAGUAUAUCGCGCGAAACCCGCCACCAAGAUGGAAAUGACCCAGUUCCACACAGACGAGUACAUCGACUUCCUUCAAAAGGUCACCCCGGACAAUAUGGAUGCGUAUCAGAAAGAGCAAGGAAAGUACAAUGUCGGGGACGAUUGCCCAGUGAUUGACGGACUCUUCGAGUUCUGUGGAAUUAGUGCGGGUGCUUCUAUGGAAGGUGCUGCUCGACUUAACCGACAAAAAUGUGAUAUCGCUGUGAACUGGGCGGGAGGCCUCCAUCACGCAAAGAAGAGCGAAGCAAGUGGCUUCUGCUACGUCAAUGACAUUGUCCUCGGUAUUCUCGAGCUUCUCCGAUUCAAUAAGCGUGUGCUGUACAUCGACAUUGAUGUUCACCACGGCGACGGUGUCGAAGAGGCCUUUUAUACCACGGACCGAGUCAUGACUGUGUCCUUCCACAAGUAUGGAGAGUACUUCCCGGGUACCGGCGAACUGAGAGAUAUUGGUAUUGGCCAAGGAAAACACUAUGCCGUCAACUUCCCACUUCGCGACGGUAUCGACGACAUGUCUUAUAAAUCCAUCUUUGAGCCCGUUAUCUCGAAGGUCAUGGAGUUUUACCAGCCUGAUGUUGUUGUCCUGCAGUGCGGUAGUGACAGCUUGUCAGGAGACCGCCUUGGGUGCUUCAACCUCAGUAUGCGUGGUCAUGCUAACUGCGUCGCAUUUGUCAAGAGUUUCCACAAGCCCACCCUAGUUCUCGGCGGCGGUGGCUAUACUAUGCGCAAUGUGUCACGUACGUGGGCCUACGAGACAGGUGUGGUCCUUGGUAAGGAAAACGAGAUGGACCCAAACAUCCCCUUCAACGAGUAUUAUGCUUAUUACGGCCCCGAUUACCAGUUGGAUGUACGCCCUUCAAACAUGGAGAAUGCCAAUAGCCCCGAGUACCUUGAAAAGAUCAAGGCGGCGGAGGAGGCAGAGCUGGACGACCUCAAUGAAGAUAUGAACAAGGAUGUUCGCAUGACGCAGCAUGAUGCUGACAAGAGGAUCGCUCACGGAGCCGAGUUCGAAGAAAGCGACGACGAGGAUGGACCCCAACCUAAUGGCACUGGUCGAGCCAACUCCAAGCGUCAGUUCACCGACUUUAAGAAUGACGACGCGGCCGCGGAGAGCGGCACAGCCACACCCGCGAAUCAGUCCACAACGGCCGUCGAGGCCACCGAGACAGAAGAUCCCGAUAUCACGAUUGAAGAUGCCGGCGGCUCAGCAGCGGCAGCAGAAAGCAAGUCUGCGCGAGCUGGAUCUCCCGGCCAGAAGACGAAGAGCGAGGAUGAAGCGGCAGCGACUAGUCAAGAUGGUGACAAGGCCGCCGAGAAGGAAAAGGACAAAGAAAGUGAAAGUGAAAAGGAAAAGGAUAAGGGAGCUGAGGCACAAGUAGACGCGGCUGAAAAGGAAGACAAGGCUGCCGAAAAGGAAGCUGAGAAGCCGGUCGAUGCUGAUGGGGACGUUGGGAUGGAGGACGCCGUGGUGAAGAAGGAGGAUGACAAGCAAUGA